AAAUUUACACUACUGUAAUAGAGCUGGCAAUCUCUCUGAUCUUUCAACAGUUCAAACUCCCAUCUUCGAUCCUUCAAUUUUUUUCUUCAGAUAUUUAAAAACCCUAAUUCUUAUUUUCCUUCCCCUGGAUCUGUUUCUUCGAGGAGCAAUUUUGUGUUCUGUUCGCUUCGCUGCAUUUUUUUUUUUAAUCGAGGAAGUAAGAGAUGGCGCGGCAAAUGACGUCAUCUCAGUUCCACAAAUCAAAGACUCUCGACAACAAAUAUAUGCUGGGAGAUGAAAUUGGAAAAGGAGCUUACGGUCGAGUUUAUAAAGGGUUAGACUUGGAGAAUGGAGACUUUGUGGCCAUUAAACAAGUCUCUUUGGAAAAUAUUGUUCAAGAGGAUCUUAACACCAUUAUGCAAGAAAUUGACUUGUUGAAGAACUUGAACCAUAAAAACAUUGUCAAGUAUCUUGGGUCUUCGAAGACAAAGACUCACCUUCACAUUAUUUUGGAGUACGUUGAGAAUGGCUCUCUUGCAAACAUUAUCAAACCAAAUAAAUUUGGACCUUUCCCGGAAUCGUUGGUGGCUGUUUACAUUGCUCAGGUCUUGGAAGGUUUAGUAUAUCUACACGAGCAGGGUGUCAUACACCGAGAUAUCAAAGGUGCAAAUAUUUUGACGACAAAGGAGGGUCUUGUUAAGCUUGCUGACUUCGGAGUUGCCACUAAACUUAACGAGGCUGAUGUUAACACUCACUCAGUGGUUGGAACUCCUUACUGGAUGGCUCCUGAGGUUAUUGAAAUGUCAGGAGUUUGUGCUGCUUCUGACAUUUGGAGCGUUGGAUGCACUGUUAUCGAACUUCUGACAUGUGUACCUCCUUACUAUGAUCUGCAACCCAUGCCAGCCCUCUUUCGUAUUGUUCAGGAUGAUAACCCUCCUAUCCCGGAUAGUCUUUCCCCAGAUAUUACAGACUUUCUACGACAGUGCUUCAAGAAGGAUUCCAGGCAGAGGCCUGAUGCAAAGACACUGCUCUCUCACCCUUGGAUACGAAAUUCUAGACGAGCAUUGCAGUCAUCACUUCGGCAUAGUGGCACCAUCAAAUAUAUGAAGGACCCCGCUGCAAGUACGGAGAAGGAUGAUGAAGGUAGCCAAGAUGUAGCUGAAAGCCUUUCAGCAGAAAAGGUGGGGAUGUCAGAAACUGACUCAAAAAGCAAAUUACCUCUGGUAGGGGUGGCGAGUUUUAGGUCCGAGAAAGAUCAGCCUACACCUAGUGAUCUAGGUGAAGAUGGAACGAAUAAUUCAGACGAUGAUGUUAUGUCAGAUAAAGUUCCUACACCUUCGGUCAAUGAGAAAUCUUCUCUUCAGUCUGGUGCUUUAAGUAUUCCUUCGGAUGCUAAGGGGACAUCUCAAGAUGUACAUGGGAAAUCUGAACAUGAUGAAACAGCUGGAAAUCUUGAAACAGAAGCUUCUGAAGCCAGAAAAAACAAGCAGGUUGGAAAAGAAUGUUCCAUCCAAGUGGACCAGACAUCAAAUAGUUCUGGCUUAAAAGGCGAAGAUCGUGGGAUUCGAAAGGCUGUGAAGACUCCAUCUAGUCUUGGUGGGAAUGAACUGGCUCGAUUUAGUGAUCCACCAGGGGAUGCUUCUUUGCAUGAUUUGUUUCAUCCAUUGGAUAAAGUUCCUGAGGGAAAACCAAAUGAAGCCUCAACAUCGAUGCCUACAUCAAAUAUCAACCAAGGUGAUUCUCCUGUCGCAGAUGGUGGAAAGAAUGAUCUGGCAACAAAAUUGAGGGCUACAAUUGCUCAGAAGCAAAUGGAGGGGGAAACGGGGCAUUCGAAUGAUGGUGGUGAUCUUUUUCGCUUAAUGAUGGGUGUUUUGAAAGAUGAUGUUAUUGACAUUGAUGGCUUGGUAUUUGAUGAAAAAGUGCCCGCGGAGAACCUUUUUCCUCUGCAGGCAGUCGAGUUCACCAGAUUGGUCAGCUCCUUAAGGCCUGACGAGUCAGAAGAUGCAAUAGUAUCUUCUUGUCAGAAACUUGUUACCAUGUUUCGUCAAAGACCUGAGCAGAAAGCAGUAUUAGUGACUCAGCAUGGCUUCCUGCCUCUAAUGGAUCUACUCGAUGUUCCUAAAUCUCGAGUAAUAUGUGCCGUGCUGCAGCUGAUAAACGAAAUUAUUAAAGAUAACACUGACUUCCAGGAAAAUGCUUGUCUUGUUGGACUUAUUCCUGUUGUAAUGAGUUUUGCUGGUCCUGAGAGGGAUCGUUCUCGAGAAAUUCGUAAGGAAGCAGCUUACUUCUUGCAGCAGCUUUGUCAGUCAAGCUCCUUAACGUUGCAAAUGUUCAUAGCUUGCCGUGGAAUACCCGUUUUGGUGGGAUUUCUUGAAGCAGAUUAUGCCAAAUACAGGGAGAUGGUUCACUUGGCUAUUGACGGGAUGUGGCAGAUAUUCAAACUCAAAAGAUCCACCCCAAGAAAUGAUUUCUGCCGUAUAGCUGCAAAGAAUGGAAUUCUUCUGAGGCUAAUCAACACUCUUUAUUGCUUGAAUGAGGCAACUCGGCUGGCUUCUAUAUCAGGGGGUCCACUGAUUGUGGAUGGUCAAGCUCCACGAGUGCGCUCUGGUCAACUUGACCCUAACAAUCCUAUUUUUACUCAGUAUGAGACUUCACUCAGUAUGAUUGAUCAGCCUGAUGUAUUGAAAAAUAGGCAUGGGGGUGGUGAAGAGCCUUCUCAUGCUUCAACUUCAAAUUCUCAGAGAUCAGAUGUCCAUCAACCAGAUGCCUUGCACCCAGAUGGCGAUAGGCCUAGAGUAAGCAGUGUUACACCAGAUGCUUCAACGUCUGGCACAGAAGAUGUUAGACAACAUGUGCACAUUUUGGAGCCAUUCUUGAAGAUAAUCACGAAAUCAUAUCGCAUCAAUACGACAUUAGCUGUAAAUGGAUUGACUCCGUUACUUAUCUCAAGGCUAGACCACCAAGAUGCAAUUGCUCGACUCAACCUCCUAAAACUCAUCAAGGCUGUUUACGAGCAUCAUCCACGGCCAAAACAGCUGAUCGUAGAGAACGACCUGCCUCAAAAACUGAAGAAUCUGAUAGAAGAACGACGUGAUGGACAACGUUCAGGAGGCCAAGUUCUGGUAAAGCAAAUGGCAACGUCUCUCCUCAAAGCACUUCACAUUAACACCGUACUGUGAGUCCAAAAUACCAAAACUUACAUACCUUGGGGACUGUAUAAAAUUUACUCCCAUUUUUCCAAGAAGAAAGUGUAUAUUUCUUCUUUGUCUCUUCCAUUUUUACAAAAAAAAAUUCACUAGAAACGGCUGGAAGUUAAAACUUACAAGAUUUGUAAUAGAAGUGUGGCCUCUUCUAGUGUGUUUUUUUUAGUCCAUCGAGAGAUGCCAACACUUGUGGUUUUGUAAUAUGUAUUCCACCUAAAAGUUUUCUUUAGAGGACCAUUUUUAACGUGAUAA